GACAUGAAUGCGGUCACAUGACCGGCUGGAUCAAGCCCUUUGAAUCAAACCCACACUGGGAGAGGGAGAGAACUGUUCCAGCAGCAGAACUGAACCGAUCCACUCGAACACAGGAGUGAUAUCUGAUCCAGAGUGAGAGCGGUUCUGAGAUCCGGAUCCGAUAUGCAGCGGUCAGCACUGAUUCUGGUUCUGGCGUUCUCCACGGCCACCUUGGCUUUGGACAACGGUCUGAUGAGGACCCCGCCGAUGGGCUGGUUGGCCUGGGAACGUUUCCGCUGCGACACCAACUGUGAGAGCGACCCGCAGAACUGCAUCAGUGAGACGCUGUUCAUGGACAUGGCCGACAGACUGUCGGAGGACGGCUGGAGAGAGCUGGGUUACGUCUACAUCAACAUCGACGACUGCUGGUCCUCCAUGGCCAGAGACAAUCAGGGCCGACUGCAGGCCGACCCCGAAAGGUUCCCGAGAGGCAUUCCUCAUUUGGCGCGUUACGUCCACGACCGCGGGCUAAAGCUGGGCAUCUACGGAGACAUGGGCACACACACGUGCGGCGGGUAUCCGGGAACCACGCUGGACAAGGUCCAGAUCGACGCACAGACGUUUGCUGACUGGGGCAUCGACAUGCUCAAGCUGGACGGGUGUUACUCAAACGCCACCUACCAGGAGCAAGGCUACCCAAUGAUGUCAAAGGCCCUCAAUGCUACAGGCCGUCCCAUUGGCUACUCCUGCAGUUGGCCCGCCUACCAGGGCGGUCUCCCUCCUAAAGUGAACUACACGCUGCUGGGUCAGAUCUGUAACCUGUGGCGUAACUAUGGUGACAUCCAGGACUCGUGGGACAGUGUGCUGAACAUCGUGGACUGGUUCUUCAAUAAUCAGGACGUCCUGCAGCCUGCGGCCGGACCGGGACAGUGGAACGACCCCGACAUGUUGAUCAUUGGAGACUUCGGCCUCAGCAUGGACCAAUCACGCUCUCAGAUGGCGCUGUGGGCGAUCAUGGCCGCGCCUCUCUUCAUGUCCAACGAUCUGCGCACCAUCAGCAGCGGCGCUCGCGCCAUCCUGCAGAAUAAAGUCGUGAUUGGCAUCAAUCAGGACCACUUGGGCAUCCAGGGCAGACGCCUGAUCAAGGAGAAGAGCGGGAUCGAGGUGUACUGGCGGCCUCUUUCUAAAGGAGCCAGCGCUCUGGUGUUCUUCAGCAGGAGGUCAGAUAUGCCGUAUCGCUACAUGACGUCUCUGAAGAUGCUGAACUACACACUUGGAGUCUAUGAGGUGUAUGAUGUGUUUUCGGAGAAGCCUUUGCCCGAGCUGAAGGACAGCACAGACUUUGUCGUGUCCAUCAAUCCGUCCGGUGUGGUCAUGUGGUACGUCUAUCCUGCAGCUGAGUGGCGGAAAGAGGCGGGGCCUAGUCGCUUCAGUGAGAAGCUGAGAGGGCCAAAGUUCCAUCGAUAUGCUAAUGAGGUCGACGCCCCUCUGGUGCUUUGACUCUGAUUGUUUUUGAAAAAGGAAAUGAAUUACGCACUCAGGGACCUUCAGCCAAUCAAAUGUGCCUCGCUCGAUUUCUUUUUAAAAAAUGUAAAUUUUUUAGCACUGAAUGAGUUUCCAUUGGAUAUAUUUGAAUGUUUUUAUAUUGACCUUAAUAAGAAGCCUGUUAAUAAACUAACAUUAUAAUCUCAUCUGUGCAAAUUUCUUGUCACUUUAGCAUGUAAAUGAAGUUGUUCAAAUCAUGAUGCAUUCAGUGACUGUUUUUAAACUCAAAUAAACACAUGAUGAUAA